GUCGAGGGCCUGGGGAAGAUGAUCAGCGGUGCACGGCUGAGGUUCUCACCAACUCUCAGAUCUUUGGUUCUCACCCAUCGCCAUGGUGGCGGUGCUCUUGCAUGACGGGCUCUGGCUCUGGCUCGUUUGUUUACUGGCCUCAGUGCCGCUCAGCCAUGGUCAACUGGCGGAGAAUGGAGGAGCCUUCGACACCGGGCAGUCAGCCCCCGCGGUUGUGACUGCAGCCCAGCAGCGCAGGUAUUUGUUAUAUGAUGUGAAUCCGCCUGAAGGAUUUAAUCUUAGGCGGGAUGUCUAUCUACGCAUGGCGUCUUUGAUGAAAAGUCUGCUAAAGAAUGAAGCUUGGGUACUUGUCUUACCUCCCUGGGGACGUCUCUACCAUUGGCAAAGCAAAGAUCUUGAACAAGUUCGCAUUCCCUGGUCUGCAUUCUUUGACGUGUCUAACCUAAACAAGAACAUCCCCGUUAUCGAAUAUGAGGAGUUCAUUGCAGAAUCUGGUGGGCCAUUCAUACAGCAAAUCUAUGUUCUGCAAGGAUAUGCAGAAGGUUGGACAGAGGGCCAUUGGGAGGAAAAGGUGGAUGAGCGACUUUGCAUGGAGGAUCAUGCAUAUGUGAAUGACAAACAAGGAUUUUAUAGAGGUUGGUUUUGGGGUUACAAGGAGACAAGAGGCCUCAGUGUCGCCUGUGUGUCCGUGCAAGGUUCAGCAUCCAUCAUAAUGCCAGUUCUUCUGAAAAACACCACAGCACAGUCUGUAAUGUUAGAUAGAGCAGAGAACCUCCUUCAUGACCAUUACGCAGGGAAAAGUUACUGGGAUGCUCGGAGAAGCAUGGUGUUUGCCAAGCAUCUACGUGUAGUUGGGGAUGAAUUCAGGGCAAAGUACCUAAACUCGACAGAUGAAUUGGACAACACCAUUUACAAUGAAGAUUGGACCAAAAUGAAGGUGAAAUUAGGCACAGCCAAAGGAGGCCCGUAUUUGGCCGUGCAUCUGAGAAGGAAAGACUUCAUCUGGGGCCACAGAAAGGAUGUCCCAAGCAUCAAGGGCACAGCCAUGAAGAUUCAAAGCCUGAUGAAAGAGCUGAAAUUGGAGAAAGUGUUUGUAGCCACAGAUGCUGCCGAGGAUGACUUGAAGGAGCUGAAAAGCUUUCUCUCAAAGAUAAUUCGAUUUGAACCAACACAAGAGGAGCUUCAAUUAUAUAAAGACGGAGGCAUCGCCAUCAUUGACCAAUGGAUCUGCGCUCAUGCAAGAUUUUUCAUUGGAACCUCAGUGUCGACCUUUUCAUUCCGUAUCCAUGAGGAGCGGGAGAUUCUUGGCUUUGACCCAAAAACUACUUACAACAGGCUCUGCGGUGACCACGAAAAUGAAUGUGAACAGCCAACACAUUGGAAGAUCGUAUACUGAACGGCGCAGUGUUGCAUUGCUACAGCAUUAUCUCAACUCAUCUACAUUAUCCAGAUGGCUAUGAGAGAGUCAAGCACAUUGUUUACAAGAAGCCUUACACAUCAUUUUCAUGCUGCGUUUUGGUACUGUGAAACAAACUCUCCAUGGCACAGUUCCCCUGGAAGCAACUGGGCUGUAUUCUCUCAGCAGUUCCUACUGGAUGGUUGGACCAUUGCCUUUAAUCAUUCACCAAGUAAGCAGGAGAGUUUGUGAAGAGUAAACUUCAUCAGUCCUUCUCCUGUAGUUCAGUGAAAUUCCUCACAGAUGUAGAAGCAGUUUGUUGCUUCAUCUUUUAGGAUCUUGCGGCAAGUCAUGGAAAAGUGUUAAUCGCAAUAGAACAUUAACUACUGCCAUCGUAAACUUUUUCUGUAAGAAAAUACUUUCUUUUCCAAUUCCAUCUCAGUAUUUAUUGCAACUUUUUACAAUCAUGGUUUACAAGUAAAUUGUAAAGACACAAAAGGGAUGUUUUACUUGGCUACAUUCAGAUCCAAUAUCACCUCCUGAGUGUAGCUACUAAUUUAAUUUGGUAAGAAACACCUGCAUUUUCGAAUGAAAUACAAACUCCUUAUACCUGCUCUGAGUUUAUCAGAGCCCAUCAAUCUAUGCCAAAUUAUUUUUAACAAUUCAUUGAUCAACAACAUGUAAACAUUUGAUUAAUCAACAUUGUCCCAAGGUGAACACAGUUCCCAUUGUUCAAUUUUGAGUGCAUCACAUUUGCUGGAAGAUAUUUCCCCAUGAAUUCCUUUCUAGUCCGAUCCAAAAUGCAUUCCAUUUUAUGCUCUUGUCAUUCUUUUUAAUUUCAAACAUUGCCUGCAUAGGUUGUUAAUAUUCUGAAUUGAGAAGGUGAAGAAAUUAGCUGUUUCAGUGCCAGUUAGCUAAUGCCUUGCUUAUAGAGGAAGGGUAUCUUCAAACAGUUUGAUCAAAAGAUACACAAAUGCCAGAAAGAAUUGUAAUUCAGCUCUGAAUAAUUCUGCUCAACGGAAAAACCUGGCCUGUAAAAUUGUGAAGUGUGUGAAGUAUUUUAUCCUUUCAUUCUAUAACUCAUAGGAUAUUAUAUACAACUUUGUAUUGGAGAAUAUAAAAUUUACAGUACCUUGAUUAGUGUUUUAUUUUAGAUGGAAAAUACAAAAAAUGCUGGAGGAAUUCAGCUGCUCAGACAUUAAUUGCCAAUCACUUCCCUGCCCCUCACCUGUAUUCACCUAUCAUUUAUCAGGCUUUGCCCCAUCCACCACACUGUGGGGGAAAUAAAAUGCCCUACGCAUCUCCUUUAAACCUGCCCCCCCAUACCUAUAAUUUAGAUGGAUUGUACUCAUUUGUAUUGGAACAUUUUAAAUGUUCCCAGUCACCGUUGACAUAGCCUGAGGUUGCAAUGCAUAAGGAUAACCAUUAUGUUAAGUUUUAUAUUGUAAAUACAAACAGUAUUGAAAUGCGGUGUUAAAGUGUAUACAUUUUGAGCUCGCGUCUGAAAUGCCAGUAUUCACUUUGCACUGUGUUGCUUUAACCGUCAAUUACAUAUCUAAUACUAAAAUGUAUUUUGGUGACCUCUCAUUCGCUUAUUUUCUUCUAAUACAUCUCUACCUGGU